AUGUCAUUAGCUCUGGCGCCCCCUAGCCUCAUGCAGAACGACAUCAAACCACCUCAUGACUAUUCUAUCUACAACAAGUCCGUUCCUUCGAGAUACUCUCCUCCCGAGUCUCCUCGCAAUAUAUCCUCAUUCUUCGAGGAGUCGAAGAUGAACAACUCCCAUCGAGGUUUGCCCCUACCUGCCGGUCUUGGUCUCCCUCCUCCAGAUCGGGGUCACCCCUCGGCACCUGCCCCAUUAGGCCACUUGCCUGCUCCGCCCUCGCAAUGGGCGGGUCAGGAUGACUCUAUGCGGAGCUGGCUUCACGCAAAGGCCGAGGAAGAUCGCCGGAAGCAAGAGGAGGAGAAGACUCGCCAGGAAACUCUGCGUCUCGACCAGAGACGCAUUGAGCAGAGCAUGUUGCGCGAAUCUCUGCAGGGCGGCGUUCCUCCUCCCAUGGUGCCUCUGAUUUUUGCCGGUAUUGGAGGCGGGAAUCUUCCUGGUCACACCUUGGAAUGGGCGCAGCAGUAUUUGGCCACUCUCAGCAUACAGAACCAACAACAGCAACAGCAGAUUCAGGUUCAACAGCAGCAACUACAGCUACAGCAACAGCAACAGCAACAGUCGCCCCCCACCCAGCGAGACAGUCGGAUGAUCCCACCUGUUCCGUAUGGAGGGCACCAGGUUCUGCAGGCACCACUGUCCACACAAACAGGACAACCCUCGAGUCAAGAUCGCAGUUCGAUAUCCGGUCCGCCGCCACCACCUUCCACGCUUCCACGCUUGAAUACUACAGAAUUCGUCCCCAGUUCGGCGAGCCAGAGUAACCGGCAGGCCUUACCGCAGCCGCAAACAGCGUCGUCCGAACAGUCAUCGGGACCGGGGUUGUUCUUUCACCACUGGACUCCUCCCAACCAAUCUACCGGUGGAAACCAUCCUCCGACGCCGUCCGGCAAAAGCAACCAUGGCUCGCCGUUCUCCCAGAGCGCGGGCUCACAUCUGCGAUCAGAGUACCAGAAUUCGCCCAAGAAGCGCAAAACAACCGGGGGGCAGGGAGUACCUGCGCCGCCCACGUCUCAACAUUCUGACCCGUCACAACCCGCAUCGUUUCGCUCGUCCCGUGAGCGAGAACCGUCCCCAGGGCAUCGGGUCCGACCUUCACGUCAUGCACGUCAGGACAGUGACCUGUCAUCCCGCGAGCUGGACCUUGGCGGUCGCAAUGUGGCUCGCCCAAGCAGUCGUCAACAACGCAUGGACGAGCAGGGUGGACCGGGACCCGGUCCAAGAAGGCAAUACACCGGCUCGUCCCCUGGUGGAUCGAACGAGGACCAUCCGUUUCGGUACGAGGCGUACAAAUCUGAAACACGGUAG